GCUUCUGAAAGUUGCUCGAUGAUUUGGUCCUCAGAAAUGGACGUCAUAAGAUUAAUUAAAUUUUUUGGUCCAGGCCUGAAUUUCAACUGUUCAGAUGCGGCGUACAUGGAGGCUUGGAGGAUGUUGAGCAGAGAACAUAUAAAAAAGGAGGACGAAACAACAAAGUCAAAUUUCCUUGUAUAUGCUGCAUGCUUCCUAGUUCCUCCUCCUCAAUUGUUUCCCAAUUGUACGCAGAAGAAUUCUAACAUCGUUCGCACAGUGGUGAGGCAAUGUGGAGAAAAAGCUGCAGCCUCAUUUUCUUAACUGCUCUUCUCCUUCCUCUGAGGGUAGUCAACACGGCUGAGAGUUCCUACUGUUCUUGCAUCGGCAGCUCAAACUACGCGCCGAACAGCACCUUCGGCCAUAACCUGCAGCGAGCGCUAGCUUCUCUGGUGGCCAACGUUUCCGUCACUGGCUUUUACAAUGCCACUGUGGGCAACAGCCCUGACCAAGCCAUUGCCGCCUUCCAAUGUCGAGGUGACAUCGAUACCGAAGCUUGCCAGGUCUGUGUCUCUGACGCAGCCUCACAGGUCACCCUGCGGUGCCCCAGAAACAGAUCGGCUGUUAUUAUCUUCCCAAUCUGCAUCGUCUACUUCCAUGACGCCAACUUGACCGUGCCUCAACCAUUUCUGUGUGUAUCCAUCCGGACCCCUUGGGCCAUCUCUGACCCCCAAAGCUUCAAGCCCAUGCUCACCCUCUUCUUCUACAAGCUGAUUGUUUCCGCCACCACCAACCCCUCGGGCCGCUUGUUCUGGGGCGACAAGUUCAAGUACACUCAAAACUUGACUAUCUAUGGCAUUGCUCAGUGCGUUCAGUCCAUGUCCCCAAGGCGCUGCAGAUCUUGCUUAGAGAUAGCCUUUGGCCAAAUGCUCAGGGAUGCUGGCGGUUCAACGGGUGGUUUAGUUUACCACAACAUCGAGUGCAUUCUAAAAUUCAGAACCUUUCCUAUUUUCGUCCCCCCACCCCACAAGAUUGCUCCUAGCAGCACCAUUUCCGUCUCAUCUAGUUGCUCCCCACCAGCAUCCAGCAACAAGGUUGGCAGCCCCCUUCACAGAAACCUCAAGGCUCUGCUCUCUUAUCUGAUAGUGCGUGCACCUCUCUCCGGCUUCUACAGUUAUACUGUGGGACUAGGCUCCAGCCAAGUCUAUGGCCAAGCCUUGUGCCGAGGCGACAUCCCUGAUGACGUUUGCUGGGAGUGCAUUGCCCUGGCUUCUUCCAAAAUCCAAGAAUUAUGCCCUAAUAGUAGAAGGGGAAUCAUAUGGCUCAACCACUGCCAGUUACGCUACUCAGACGAGAACUUCGCCGGCAAGGUAGACGUCUAUGACAGGGCAUGCCAACCAGCAGCGGACAAUGCAUCAAAUCCUCCGAACUUCUAUCAGAGUUUGAGAAUCCUUGUAGCCAACCUGACCUCGCUGGUGACGCAGAGCUCUCCUAAUCACUUCUUCGCUACGGGAGUCUCUGUCCUUGAGGAAGCAAAGAGGAUCUACGCUCUGGCGCAGUGCGUGAAAGAUAUACCUCCGGACUAAUGUGGGUGGUGCCUGCAGAAUGCCAGCUCCGAUAUUGCAGGAUGCUUUAAUGGAAAGCAAAGCGGUCGCAUCCUCAGGGGAAGCUGCAACUUGGCUUUUGGAGUGCGGCCUUUCUUCUCCAGCGAUCCUACUGUGAUAUCACUUCCGGAGCCCAGUCACGGGCAUAAGCACUGGUGGAUUUAUGUUGUCAUCUGCUUCGUUGGUGUGCUAUUGCUAACAACAGCGUGUGUGUUUUGCUUAGUUCGGAGACGAAAGCAGCAUCCAGAGAAUCAAAAACAGAAUGAAGCAACUUCAAUGGAUUCGGAAAAAGUAAAAGAGAAUGAGGCAACCUAUAAUUUACCACAAUUCAGCCUGAGGACAGUGGAAGGAGCUACGGAUAAAUUUUCAAGAUCAAAUAAGCUUGGAGAAGGUGGUUAUGGCCCUGUCUACAAGGGGAAGCUUCCUAGUGGGCAGGAAGUAGCUGUCAAGAGGCUGUCUGGUCGCACUGGGCAAGGCUUAAAGGAAUUCAGGAAUGAAGUUGAGUUGAUAGCCAAAAUUCAACACACAAACCUGGUUAGGCUUAUUGGUUUCUGCUUGGAAAAUGAGGAGAUGAUACUCAUAUAUGAAUAUAUGCCUAACAAAAGCCUUGAUUUCAUCCUCGAAGAUCCAGAAAGCCGUGCUUCAUUGGAUUGGGAGAAGAGGUUCAAUAUCAUCGUAGGAAUUGCAAGGGGGAUGCUUUAUCUUCACCAAGAUUCUCGGCUUAACAUCAUUCAUCGGGAUCUCAAAGCUAGCAACGUGCUGCUAGACGAGCAACUGAAUCCUAAGAUUUCUGAUUUCGGAUUGGCAAGGAUCUUCAGUGGAGUUUUGGGGCAGGCAACCACCAGUAUCAUUGUUGGUACUUUAGGAUAUAUGGCUCCAGAGUAUGCCAUGAAUGGCGUGUAUUCUACAAAAUCUGAUGUCUACAGCUUUGGUAUUUUAUUGUUGGAAAUCAUUGGCGGCCAACUGGAAGUACGUUUUCUACCAACCCAUCAGGGUCCUGGUCUCGUUGAGCAUGCAUGGAGCUUGUGGCGUGAAGGGAAAGGGACAGAGUUCAUCGACCCAGUCCUUAAAGAUGGUACUACUUCUACAAGUGAUCAAAUGCUAAGGUGUUUGCAUAUUGCCUUUCUUUGCAUUCAAGAAGAUCCUGCAACCAGGCCAUCCAUGUCCACGGUAGUUCUCAUGCUUGGGAACAAUUCUUUGGACCUUCCCUUGCCUACACAACCUGCACUUAUUUUAGAAAAAAUUGCAGGAUCAAGCCUACCACAUUCUUCUGUUGUUUGGACUACUGCUUCUAAAAGCACGACAGAGUGAAAGCAACAAAAUUUUCACCCAGGAUGAAUGUGAACAUGGAAGACAUUCUGCCAAUGUACGCAAAUCAUGCAUUGGAGAAGUGAACGUAUGCCUAAUGGAAUUUACCUGAUUCGAUA